CCAUCACCGAGUCCGGCCAGCUCACUGCACAAUGGCCAGCAACGCCAAAGAUACGGACUUUCGCAGGAAGUGGGAUACGGCUGAGUAUGCUGAGAAGGCCAAGAAGCGCGACGCUGAGGAAGCGGAACGUGCGAAGGAGAACGAGGAGCGGUUGAAGCAAGGCAAACGCCCACGAAAGAGCGCCCCCUCGAAGGACCAGCCGAAGCCGACGCAGCUGGCUCAGCGCCGCGAACAUGAUUUGAAUCUGGACAAGAACUUGGGCAAGACCAUGGUCGUACAGAACCUGUCGAACCGGGGGCCAGGACAACCCGGUUUCUAUUGCGAGACAUGUCAGAGGAACUAUAAGGAUAGUACAGGAUAUCUGGACCACAUAAACUCAAGAGCGCAUCUUCGUGCCCUUGGCCAAACAACAAAUAUCGAACGCUCCUCCCUCGAACAAGUUCGCAGGCGAAUUGCCUUCCUCCGUGAACAAACACGCGCCGCCUCCACGCAGAAGGCGUACGAUUUCGAUCAACGGCUGGCCGAAAUCAAGGCGAAGCAGCAGGCCGAGCGGGAGGAGAAGAAGAAGGCAAAGCAACAGGCAAAAGAAGCUGCUAGAAUGCAACUGAUAGAGGAGAGUGGCGGGCCGGACGAUGAGAUGGCGAAGAUGAUGGGCUUUGGAGGGUUUGGGUCUACGAAGAAGUGAGGGACAGAUUCACGAUGUCGACAGGAUAUCAUGUCGUGAGCGUUCAUGAUGUCUCAAGCGCAUCGCUCCGCCACUUGAGCUCGUAUGUAGCCCGACGCGAGACCCGCCGAUUUCAGCGUCAUGCAGGCGGUACCGGGCAAGCGGUCACCUAUACUCAGGCUGCGAGGUUCCAGAUGUAUCACACCACAAGCUGCAUUGACAGUACGUCUGUCAUCUAUCACCUGUAUAGGCUGUAUUAUAAUGGAACUAGAUGUGUCUAUCGUCU